AUGUUUCGUAAGAAAAAGACAACUUCAAUUCCAAAAGUCUAUAAUUUGGGAAAUUCAUUAGAAGAUUUGGGACUCCAAAUAACUACAGAUUAUCGACUACGUAAACAGCACUCACCAGGUGAAUUGUAUGAGUUUUCUGUAUCCAAAGACAAAGCGUAUAAUGAACAUUAUUACCAAGCUGUUUUAGAGCAUAUCUACAACUGGGCAUUUACUGUUUGCAUGCUUGAGGCCAUUCCUAUUUCUACAAGGGUUUACAAGAGGGAUGAACCCUAUGCAUUCGUUUAUACCACAAAAAACUGGAGUGAAAAUACGAAAGGCUUGGUAGUAAUUGUUCAAUCUUUGUCGCAUCCUUUAAUUUGGUCCAACAGGAAUGUUAGAGAACAUGAUUUGAGAGAUGCAACUUUUGUAAACAUGGUCUCUGAAUGUGUAGAUAUGGGAUAUGCUGUCGCUAUCUUUACACCUUCUGCUUUACUGUGGGAUGCACACAAAAAAGUUCCAAGGACAAUUUCUUCUUUUACCAGCACAGGAGAACACAUUACGAAGCAAAAUUAUAUCCCUUCCAUCAGAUCACCAGAGGAUUAUGUGGCUAAAGGAUUGGAUUAUAUCCUUUCGCAAUCUCAGGCCUCAAAGAUAUAUUACAUUGGUGCCGAAUAUGGUUCUCAACUGCUAAAUGUGUAUUUAGACCAAAAUUGGGAGGCAUUAUCGUCGAAAACAGCAUCUGUCAUCCUACUGCAGAACAUUACCUCCAAGUUUGAGCUUAACAACCAAAAUUUCUUAACUUACUUGUCAGAGGAUUCUUGUAACUACCACCCAUCGGAUAAACCAAAGCAGGAAUUGCUUGAAGAUCUGACUGCAACUACAGGCUUGAAGACUUAUUCAUGCGGGGAAUUUAUUGAGCUUGUUUAUGACGAAAUUACGAACAUUUUGCUUAAAAGAAUGGAUGAUUACUGA